AUCCUCCCUCUCCCGAACUCUACGAUUCGAUUUAUUCUUCUCUCAAUCUCUUGAGUUUCGUAUUCAAAGCGAAGAUCCGUAGAUACUAAGAUCUUCAAUUUUGCUUUUCUGAGCGAUUUCUCUUUAGGAUUUGCUGUCUGCGUUUCCUGAUCCGUUAAUUUGGUUGCUUCCUUAGCUAAAAUCUGCCACGAUUUCUGAAUUUAUCCGUAUCGAUUGAGGUUAUCGAUUGAGAUUUCUGAAUUUCUGAAUUUGGUUGCUUCCUUAUCUCUCUCGAUAUUGUUUUUUCUCAAUCGCAAGAGCUUUUUAAUGCAGAGAAAGGGUACGAAUUGAAGAUCGAAGAUGUUGGAACAGCUUUUAAUCUUUACCAGAGGAGGUUUAAUCCUUUGGACAUGCAAAGAGAUUGGAAAUGCUCUGAAAGGAUCACCGAUCGAUACUUUGAUCCGAUCCUGUCUCCUUGAGGAACGAUCUGGGGAUGUUUCCUUCAACUACGAUGCUCAUGGUGCUGCCUACACUCUCAAGUGGACGUUCCACAAUGAUCUUGGUCUUGUCUUUGUCGCUGUUUAUCAGCGGAUUCUCCACUUGCUUUAUGUGGAUGAUUUGCUUUCUGUGGUGAAGCAAAGCUUCUCUGAGAUCUAUGAUCCUAAACGCAUGGCUUAUGAUGACUUCGACGAGACUUUUAGGCAGCUGAGGAAGGAAGCUGAAGCUCGGGCCGAGGAGUUGAGGAAGACAAAGCAAGUGGUGGGAAAGCCUGUGAGCAGUGUCAAGAAGCAAGGGCAGGUCUCAAAGGCUGGUCUUGAAGGUGGGAACAAAAAGAUGAGCGAAGGUGGAUCGAAAAAAGAUGAUGGAGAUGGUAAUAAAGCUAAAGUCGGUAACUUGACGAAUGGUCAUUCCAAUGGUAAUCAUAGGAUGGAAGAUGAUUCUCAGAAGACUGAUCUUGCUAACGGAAAAGAAAACACGACUGAUAAUGUUGCACUUGAUUUAAGCAAACUUCAGAAACUAAGGAGUAAAGGAGUAAGAGGUAGAGGAGGUAUAAGGAAAGCUGACAGUAUAGGUAAUAAAGGUUCCAAGGUAACAGCUGCGGAACCAGCCAAAAAGGCGACAAAGAAAAAUAGGGUUUGGGAUGAUGCAGCUCCUAAAAAAGAGAAAUUGGACUUCACGGAUUCCGUGGAUGAAAAUGGGAGCAACGAUCAUGUAGAUAUUGCGGCUGCUGACCAAGGAGAAAGUAUGAUGGACAAGGAAGAGGUUUUCAGCAGUGAUAGUGAAAGUGAAGAUGAUGACGAACCAGGAAGUGAUGAGAAGCCUGAGGCUAAGAAAAAAGGCUGGUUUUCUUCAGUUUUCCAAAGUAUUACUGGGAAAGCGAAUCUUGAAAGGACAGACCUUGAACAGCCGUUGAAGGCUCUGAAGGAACGGCUCAUGACCAAGAAUGUGGCUGAAGAGAUAGCCGGGAAGCUUUGUGAAUCAGUGGAAGCAAGUCUUGAAGGAAAGAAGUUGGCAUCGUUCACAAGGAUCUCUUCAACCGUUCAGGGAGCAAUGGAGGAUGCUCUGAUUCGUAUACUGACUCCAACACGUUCCAUUGAUAUAUUGAGAGACGUUCAUGCUGCCAAAGAACAGAGGAGACCUUAUGUGGUCGUGUUUGUUGGAGUCAAUGGAGUUGGGAAAUCCACCAAUCUGGCCAAAGUGGCGUAUUGGCUUUUGCAGCAUAAGGUCAGUGUAAUGAUGGCUGCUUGUGACACAUUCCGUUCUGGAGCUGUUGAGCAGUUACGGACUCAUGCUCGUAGGUUGCAGGUACCGAUAUUUGAAAAGGGUUAUGAAAAGGAUCCAGCAGUGGUUGCUAAAGAAGCCAUACAAGAAGCAACUCGAAAUGGAUCCGAUGUUGUUCUUGUUGACACAGCUGGUCGGAUGCAGGAUAAUGAACCUUUGAUGAGAGCUCUCUCAAAGCUCAUCAACCUGAAUAACCCUGACUUGGUCUUGUUUGUUGGUGAAGCACUUGUUGGGAACGAAGCAGUUGACCAGCUCUCAAAGUUUAAUCAGAAACUUUCGGAUCUCUCCACUUCUGGGAACACAAGAUUGAUUGAUGGAAUCUUACUGACAAAGUUCGAUACCAUUGACGAUAAGGUUGGAGCAGCAUUAUCGAUGGUUUACAUAUCAGGAGCACCGGUUAUGUUUGUGGGUUGUGGCCAGUCUUACCCUGACCUGAAGAAGCUAAAUGUCAAAGCCAUAGUCAAGACACUUCUCAAAUAAGCAUCAUCAUCACCAUCACCAUCACCAUCAUCAUCAGAGCCGGGCAAGAGGCUCAUGAAACAUGUGUUUGGGAGCCGAUAAGUUCAAAAAGUUGUUAGGUGCCAAUUUGUGAAUCGCCAAGACUUUUUUUUUUAAAAAAAACUUGUGGGUCUAAAGUUCUGACUUUAUGAAACUAUCUUUAUCAUUUUGCUUUAAUUAAACAAGUUGGCAAAUGCUCCUUUUUCACACU